AGUUGGGACAGUCACAGUGAGAGAAAAUGUCACUGCCGAAGGUCUUGUGUUUUCAUCUCAUAUUGAUGCUGUCUGCAUUCACUGGAGCAGCUAAUGGAUACUACAAUUCUCGGUGGGCUAAAUGCAUCUUCAGCUCCAGUGAUCUCAGUGACAUGGUGUUCGUUGAUAACUAUAUCUUCAAUAAAGAUGUGUACAUACAGUUCAACAGCACUGUGGGGGAGUAUGUGGGGUACACUGCACAUGGAGUAUAUAACGCAGACUUAUGGAACAAAAAUCCCAGCCAGCUGCAGCAAGAGAGAGCUGAGGUGGACAGAUACUGCAAACCUAAUGCUGAAAUUUAUUACAGUGCCAUUUUAAACAAAGCAGUGCCACCAAAGGUUAAACUCAGUUCAGGGACGCAGGCUGGUGGCAGACAUCCAGCUGUGUUGAUGUGCAGCGCUUAUGACUUCUACCCAAAAAGAAUCAAAGUGUCCUGGAUGAGAGAUGGUAAAGUUGUGACCUCUGAUGUGACCUCAACUGAGGAGCUGGCUGAUGGGGACUGGUACUACCAGAUUCACUCCCACCUGGAGUACACCCCCAAAUCUGGAGAGAAGAUCUCCUGCGCGGUGGAUCACGCCGGCUUAACUAAACCCAUCAUCAUAGACUGGGAUCCAUCUCUCCCUGAGUCUGAGAGGAAUAAAAUCGCCAUCGGGGCGUCUGGUCUGGUGCUGGGAAUCAUCAUCGCAGCUGCUGGACUCAUUUAUUAUAAGAAAAAAUCAUCAGGGAGGAUCCUGGUACCAACUUAAUGAUGAUCAGACUGACUGGAAGAGGAUUCAACUUGACUCAUCGAUAGAGAACUCACUUUCUGAACUUCACACUGAUGUUUCAUUUUUAACAAUGAAAACAAUUUUGGAAAAUGAAAACAGUAACAAAUCUAAUACAUAUGUUUGAUAUUUGUAAUUUUUUAUUGAAUGUUGAUGAUGAUAUAAUGAUGUGUAAAAUAUAGAGAUUUUAUAGAGAGAAGUAGAGAUUAUCAUUCUUGCUGGCUUCUUUUCCAGUACAUUUACUGAAUUAACAUGCAUAUAGCUUCAUAGCGUUAGGACACACUCUAGGUCUUUGUUAUUAAUGGCACUCUGAAGUCUUUUAAUUAUCAUUAUUUUACUCUUAUUUACCAUUAAAAUAUAUUAGAAUUAAAUUUGUGCAGUCUUAUAUGAAAUAUAUUUGAUGGGAAAAAAAUUAUUUAGCAUAAAUUAGACCAUCAACAGAUUUCAGAUGUUAUUCUUCCUUCUAAUUCAUUCUGACAAUAAUUCUUCUGUAUGAUUUGAUGACUAAAAUAUCCACGUUUUUUUCUUCAGAAACCAACUGAAACAUUUCUUGUUUCUGUGCUGUAUGUUCAUUUCAGCUAUAAAUAAAUGUCUUUACAUAACA